AGAUCAUUCUAUAUUUUUGUUUAAACAGAUGCCAUUCCUCUGCAGUAUAUGCAAUGUUUCACUGAAUUCCCAAGAGCAGCUGGCUCAGCACCAGUCUGGAAGUAAACAUCUCAAGAAACUCAAAAUAGCAGGGAUAGGUGCUACUGUAGUAUCAAAUGCAAGUCCAGGGAUUUCAUCAUCAGCAACAACCAACUUGAAGGAAAAGAAAACAUAUGGACGCUUUGUGGCUUCUGAUACCUUAAUGCCUCUCACAGCUCAAUUAAUAACACCAGCCAAAAAUCAAGAUGUAUCCACAACAUCAGCAACAAAUACUGAGGUGGCACCCCCUCCACCUCCACCAUCACCACCCAAACUGGCAACAGCACCUCUUAUUAGUCCCACCAGCAGAUUUAACCCCACACCACCCCCACCCCCUCCACAACCAGCUGUGAAGCAGCCACCACGAGCUCCAGGGGUCAAUCCUGUUGUACAAGCUGUGGUUGAUAAUGCAUUAGGCAAACUACCAUUGAAGAGAAAGGCAUAUGAUGGACAAUGUGAAAUUUGUAAAGUGAUAUACACAUCGGAGAGCCAUGAAAAACAACAUCUAAUGGGAAGUAAACAUGCCAAGAAAGCCAAAAUUGCCGCAGCAGCACAGGGUAACACCCCAUUGGCAGCUUUUACUGGGUUUAACUGUACCUACUGUAAUGUGGUCCUCAAUUCAUUGGAACAACUGUCAGCUCAUAGAGACGGGCAAAAACAUAAACAGACAGUGUUAAAAUUACAAAAACAAGGAAAAGUCCAAGAAGAGUGUAAAGAUGUUACAGUUGUUAAAGUGUAGUAGUUACUGAGUGUAAAAAUGUUACAGUUUAAUGUUAAAGUGCAACAGUUAAUGAAAUGUGUUAACAGUUCUUAACUGUAGGACAUUUUUAUUAAAUAAGACACCUUAUAGUGUCUAUAAUUAGAAAGAUAUAAUGUGCUUGUUAUGCUGUUAAUAUGUGCUUUCUUAGUAUAAAUGAAAAUAAAUAUUCUUGAAAAAAUA